UAAUUCGGUUUUGUCUAACCAAACCAGCUAAUGAAUUUCUCGUCAAUUCAUUUUUGUAAUGUCAAUUCACUUCAAAAUAAAUUUCUCGUCGUCCGAUUAAAGCUCGGGAAGCAAUAUGCUUGAGGUCUCAAUUCAUGGCGGAGGUCUCGGAGGUUUUCUUCGGUCAUUAAUACGUGUUUUCAUUUUAUGUUGAUUUUUUAGUGUAAGUCGUCAGCAAUGUAACGAUACAGUGCACCAAAUGGUGGUUCUCCAAGCGUAAGAGGAAGAAAUUCAUGCAAGAUAAAUUAUGGGAUUUGACGAGGGACCAGCUGUCUCUUUCUAAAUCUGUUGUCAUAAUUGACGUAAAUUCGAGCUGAAUGCGGGUGCUGUAUUUUCCGAAGGGUAGAACAUGAGAGAAGUCUUUCUGGAGAAAAAGAGUCAGGCAUUUUGGUAAAAAUCGAAGCUGCAAAAAAAAUAUUAGUCCAGAGAAACGAGAAAGAGACCAGAGAGAGAGAGUGAUUAUAACUACUACUAGCUCACCAAGAAACCCGCAGUUCAAAUUGGGGUUACUUAAAAGUAGAUAUUUUUUCCAGUUGAAGGUGCUGGCAGUGACACUUUCCGGUUAGAGAGGUUCUUGAAGCUUUAUCUGAUUCCGAGACGAAGAUACAUGUUAUUUUUGGCUUGGGAAUAAGUAUUGAGGGAUACGCUUCUCUUUUUUGGAUUGGCCCCUUAUAUGUUUGUUUAUAUUUUGGUUAGUGCCACCUCAAAACUCUCUGUUUGAUUAAUGAAAUGAUGCAGUUUUGAUUCCAAAAAUAUUUUUGAGAAAACUCGCUGAGACCGGUGCGGGAUGGGAGUUAUUGGGGAGUAUUUGGUAUAAAGGUUUAAGGUCUGCUGGUAAAAUAGUUCAGAUUGAUGGAAAAACCACAAGAAAUGAGGUCUUUGGCCUUGACUCCCACGUGGUCUGUUGCUACUGUGUUGACGAUCUUUGUUGCCGUUUCUUUUCUCGUGGAACGAUCAAUCCACCGACUAAGCUCUUGGUUGCAGAAAACUAACCGAAAACCCUUGCUUGCAGCAGUGGAGAAAAUGAAAGAAGAGUUGAUGCUGCUUGGGUUUAUUUCUCUCCUUUUAACGGCUUCCUCAAGCAUGAUAUCCAAUAUCUGCAUCCCAUCGAAGUUCUAUGAUAGCAAGUUUGCUCCAUGCACCAUAUCAGAGAUUAAAAAGAAGUCAUCCCAGCACCGUAAUCUCUUGAUGGUUUCUGUUCUACCUCACUCCUUUAGGAGGAUGUUGAGUGACUUGAAUGAAAAAAAUACCUGCGGAGAGGGUCACGAGCCAUUUGUGUCGUAUCAAGGUCUCGAGCAGUUGCACCGGUUUAUAUUUGUCAUGGCAAUAACUCACAUAUCUUACAGUUGCUUAACGAUGUUGCUGGCAAUUGUGAAGGUUGUACAUUCUGUUAUUCAUAGUUGGAGGGUAUGGGAGAUUAAGGCUCACAUGGACCGGCACGGUUCAUUAACUGAAAUCAUGAGAGAGCAGACAUUGCAAAGGCAAUCAACAUUUGUCAAGUUUCACGCAUCAAAUCCUUUGUUCAGGAAUAGUCUCCUUGUUUGGUUGACAUGUUUCUUCCGGCAAUUUGGGCAUUCGGUGGUUCGUGCUGAUUACCUUACACUCCGUGAGGGCUUCAUCAUGAACCAUAAUCUCAAAUUAAAAUAUGAUUUUCAUGGCUAUAUGGUUCGCUCCAUGGAAGAAGAAUUUCAAAUGAUAGUUGGUGUGAGUGGUCCACUUUGGGGAUUCGCUGUUGCUUUAAUGCUGUUUGAUGUACACGGGUCUAAUCUCUAUUUCUGGAUAGCAAUCAUUCCUAUUGCUCUUGUUCUUCUGGUGGGCACAAAGCUGCAGCAUGUUAUUGCGACCUUGACAUUAGAGAAUGCAGGUAUAACUGGAUUCUUCACAGGAGCAAAGCUGAGGCCUCGAGAUGAUCUUUUCUGGUUUAAGAAGCCGGAACUAUUGUUGUCCUUGAUCCAUUUUAUUCUGUUCCAGAAUGCAUUUGAAUUGGCUUCAUUCUUUUGGUUCUGGUGGCAAUUUGGGUAUAAUUCUUGCUUUAUUGGGAAUCAUUUGCUCGUGUAUCUAAGGCUGGCUUUGGGGUUUGCUGGACAGUUUUUGUGCAGCUACAGCACCUUGCCUCUGUAUGCACUGGUUACUCAGAUGGGAACAAACUAUAAGGCAGCCUUAAUUCCUCAAGGGAUAAGAGAGACUGUCCACGAAUGGAGAAACAAAGCCAGAAGGAGAAGACUUGGUAUUUCCACUGAUAACUCCACAGUACACACGGAUACAAGCAUGGGAAUGUCAAUCGAGGAAGAUCGUGAGUUGCUUGAUGAUGCCGAGGAAGAUCGCGAGUUGCUUGAUGAUGCCCCUGAGACCUCCAGUGGUGCAUUCACUGAGAUUGAGAUGCAACCGACUUCUCCAAGUGCAACCAGCCCCUCUACAGUUGCCAAUGAAACCUCAAGCAGAGUGGGUGCACCCCUCCUUCAAUACUCCGCUUCAGUUUCUUCGUCAGCUACAUUGUCUUCCAGGACAGAAGAUUUUCAAAAAUGGCUGAGAAAAGCAAGAUCUUGUUCAUCGGAGGCCUCCCAAAAAUAUUUACAAAUUCAAUCAGCUUGCAGCAGUUUGGGAAAAGAAGAUUGGAAAAACCCUGGAGAAAAUUUAUGUUCCAGAGGAGAAACUUUUGAAGGACAUUCAAGAGUCCCCAAUUCCAGUCAAUGUGAUCUUGUCAAUCAACCAUUGGGCUCUUGUGAAGGGAGAUCAUACCAACUUUAAGAUUGAGCCAUCAUUUGGCUUGGAGGCUUCCGAGCUAUACCCAAAUGUCAAUACACCACUGGGGAUGAAUACCUGGACCAAUUUGUUUGAGAAAUCAAAACCCCAGCUUCUGUUUUUAUUAAUAUGGGAGACUCCAUGCUGGGAGUGUUUGUAGCUUUUCUCUUGUGAUUGAAAUGGGAUCCACUAAUUGUUUUUAGGGGUUAUAUAAAAUAAAAUCAAACCGUCUUCUCCUC